AACUGUAAUCAAGGCUUAUGUGUUUUGUGUUGCAGCAUCCUUGGUGCAAGCUGGAGAAACUGAAGAGGUGAUCCCCAAACAGCUUCAUGAGGAGGAGACAGAGAGGCUCAAAGUAGAAAUACAACAGUGCAAAGAAUUCAUUCAGACUCAACAGCAACUUCUGCAACAACAGCUCAACACCCCAUGUGAUGAGGAGACAGCAGCAGUCCUGAAUGAUUCCUACAUGCUGGAAGAGAAGGAGCGCUUGAAAGAGGAAUGGAAAGUGUUUGGAGAACAGAGGAAAAACUUUGAAAUGGAAAGGAGAAAUUUCACGGAAGCCGCCAUCAGAUUGAGCCAUGAGAGGAAAUCUUUUGAGGACGAUCGCGCAUUGUGGCUCAAACAUCAGUUUCUGAACACAACAUUUGCAGACCAGAUGAAACCACAAAGUCGCAUGUCUGAUGAAUUUUCAAAGCACUCUGGUCAUGAGGAGAAACUUAUCUCAAUUUCUGGUAAAGUCAGCAAAUCCCAUCUUUAGUCUGUCCACUCAUGGAACUGCUUACAGAUGAACUUAUAUUCUUCCACCUGGAGUCAAUAUAAACGAGUGUCCACAAGUAAGAAUGUCCAACAUGCGCACAUGUAUGUUAAGCAAAAUAGUGUCAAUUUGUGAUAAGUCUGGCUGCUAAAUCUUAAGCCUUCAGAUUUUUUAAUGUUUUAUAAACCAUGCUGGCAUUUUCUAACAUUUUGCAUUAUUUUCAUUUAGAAAUUACAUAGAGAUAUUCAUAUGUUUGUUUUUGCACAAAGAAUUGAACUGUUGUAUUGGUGUAGCUUGUUAUGGUUUACUUUUAGCUAUUUACAUAUUAUGCAUCACUUUCAAAAGUUACACUUUUUUAUUUAUUAACAUAAUUUUUGUCACUGAAAGAAAUGUCUAGUCCCUUCAUUCUGAACUGUAAGAAAUAAUGCAUUUUAUUUAUUGUGCAUUUGGAUCUUUUAGACUUUUCCUAAUCAGUAUUACCACCAUUAUAGUUUAUAUCAAGUUUAAACCAAGUUAAUAUGGUGCAUAUGAAAAAUAUUAAGAAUUAUAUACUAAAAUAGAUUGACACCAAUAUGCAUUUUAGAUUGAAAACAACUGAGUGUGCUUUAUUCAUUUAAAAUGGCAAAUAUGAAAAAAAUGGAAUAACACUUUAAUAAGAAAGUUUGCAAAUGUUUUCUUUUAUAUGCAUAUUCAUUAAAAUAAACCAACAAGUGUA